GCGGACUGUCACCCAUCUGCUGCUCGUGCAGAUCAUAGCCUACUCCCCGAGUCCGCGGCAGUUUUUCUUUUCUUUCCCCCUCUUCUUUCCGGCUGGAACAUGAGAGAGACCAGCACGGUCUGGGGCGCGUGGAUCGGAGAGACGGAGACGAAGAGCCCGGCACAGGGCCAGAGCAUGGGGUGAUGAGGACUAUCCUCUGCUAACCUCAAUGCAGAUGACCAGUGAUGGCCACAGCAUCACCUCGACAUUUGUUGGAUGACCUAUUAAACACAGUACAACAGGAACAGCAGCAGGAAUUGCCGAUCUCGCUGGAGGCGAUUGUUCUCACCAUCUUUCUCUCCAUUAUUAUCAUAAUGACAGUGUUUGGCAACCUGCUAGUCAUGGUGGCACUCUGCAAGGACAGACAUCUACGAAGGAAGAAAACAAACUACUUCAUUGUGUCACUGGCGUUUGCUGACCUGCUGGUUGCGUUGUUGGUGAUGCCCUUCGCUGCAAUCGAGCUGACCACCGGCCAGUGGAGAUACGGCGAGAUCUUCUGCCUGGUCCGAACGUCUCUGGACGUCCUGUUGACUACAGCGUCCAUUCUGCACCUCUGUUGCAUUGCGCUGGACAGGUAUUACGCUAUCUGCUGCCAGCCGCUGGUCUACAGACACAAGAUGACCCCAGUCAGAGUGGCAGUGAUGCUCAGCGGCUGUUGGCUCAUCCCCACAUUCAUCUCCUUCCUACCAAUCAUGCAAAGCUGGAACGCCAUUGGCAUCGAGGACAUUAUUGAGGAGAGGCGAGCCUUGGCAGGAGGCUCCAACGACACAAGCUGUGUGUUUCUGGUCAACCGGCCGUACGCCCUGAUCUGCUCUGCGGUGGCGUUCUACGUCCCGUUGGCCCUCAUGGUCCUGGCCUACCAGCGGAUCUACGUCACCGCCAUGACCCACGUGCGGCAGAUCGAGACACUACAGCGGGCCGGCUCCGCUCCUGUCACCGGGGUGGCUCCGUUGAUCACCCUGAGGCCCUCCACUUCCUCAGAUCCAUCGGAGACCUGCCGCCUUAGGACAACAACGGGCUCCUCCUUAGAGCACGCUCCCAUAGCGAAUAGCCGCAUGCGUGUUGAGACUAAGGCGGCAAAGACGCUGGCGAUUAUAAUGGGUUGUUUCUGCCUAUGCUGGGCGCCGUUCUUCAUCACUAACGUGGUGGACCCCUUCAUCCAUUACUCAGUGCCCUGGCAGCUGUGGACAGCCUGGCUGUGGCUCGGGUACAUUAAUUCAGGGUUGAAUCCCUUCCUGUACGCCUUUCUGAACCGGGCGUUUCGAAGGGCGUUUCUGUUGAUCCUCUGCUGUGGGGAUGAGCGGUACGCACGGCAGGGGAGCUGCUCCUAUGGACACACCCACAGAGUGUGCUCGGCUGCGUCCGUCAACGGGACGUCUAUGGGACUAAGAUUGUCCCUUCUGCCAAACCGGAGCUACAGCGACAACGGGCAGACUAUACUGGCCAACGAGCAGUACUAGGACGCUCUUGGACAACUAUGAGGAUGUCCUUGACAGAGCUGUGACAUCAUCAGCUGAUGUGAGGGACCUUUGAGUUAGUUUCGAGACGAAGACUUCAUGGCCUCUUUCAUUUCAACAGCCAAAUGUUAACUGACCUGUUUAUGAGAAGGUUGUCUCACCUGGAAAUUUACUCUUUGAUCUAGCAUCAACAAGUUUGUUGAUGCUGUUCAGGGUUAGAGGCAUCAGACAAGUGCAGAAAGUCAGAUCUGACUCUUGAGGAACAAAUGAGGCAUAUUGGUGCAGAACUAAAAUACUAGUUGUAGAGUACUUGCGUCCAUGGACUGAAACACAUUGUCAAUGUGUUUCCAGGUUCUAGCUCUAAAACGUGAAGAACUGUUCUUCUCAGUCGAACAACUGGAUCACCGGAGGUGAAGAUCGAGUCAGCGGUCCAGUGCCACAGAUUUCAGAAAACUAAAGCAGACUACAAGCCAAACUCUGGCCAACAUGAGGGCUGGAGUACGAGGCCUCUUAUGCUUUCAACCUCUACGAUGACAUCCCAUCAUAGUUAUAAGCAGAGCUAACUGCCAGCUGGUCACACAGGUGACUGCAGGUCUCGUUAGAUUAAAGUUCAGUUAAUUGUACAGAAGUUUGUAUUCUUGUCUUUUACCAGCAUCGACAGCACUCUGAAACUGCUGAAUGUAAUGUCAAAAGUGGACGUUUUUAUUCUUACCCUUCAUUUUAAAUUCCAUUUUGAAAUAGCUGCAAAAAAAACACGAAAGGCCGAGGGUAAUUUUGUGAUGAAAUACAGCAUCAUAAAAACGGUUUGUUGAACAUUGUGAUGAAACACUUGCCUAAACCUUUCAUGGCACAUCAAAUAUUGUUGCACUUACCUCUGUGGGUUGAAAGGUUGUGUGAUGUGUUGCAUCUCUGUCCACACCUAACAGUGAUGUUGUGUUGGUUUGGUAGUGAAGCUCUCCAUCAUUGCAGCAAGGUGGAAAGCUCAAUGGCCAGUGUUGAAAUCACUCUUCCUGCAAGGGGCGACAUUGAGACAUGUGUAGGAAUUGACUCUUGACUUUUUUGUAAAUGAAUAACACAUGGUUUUAAAGCACUGACAGUGCAUAUGCAUCCAAACAGACAUACUGCCACAAAUGUAUCACAACAAGUACAAGUUUGAGGAAUCAAAAAAAAAAAAUGUUUGGUCUGAUUAAACAUUUGUGAAAUGAGCACAAUUUCUUUAAAUUUACAUAUCAGCUCAUUAGAAUAUACCGCCCCCCAUCUGAGUAACUCCACCACGACUUGAGAACUACCUUUGCAAAGAUGCGCCUUUUGUCUCUCGCAAGCCAAUCAGAUCAGACUGGGCUUUUUGGGAGGGGGUUUACAGAGACAGGCGCUAAAACGGAGCAUUUUAGACAGAGGGUGAUUACAGUUAAAUUAAGACAGACAGUUUGAGAAAAAGAAUGUGUUUUUUGAACUUUAAAGCAUGUAAACAUGUUCUAGGACUAUUAAAAACCCAAAAUACAAGUAUGAACCUAAAAAUGAGAAUAAUAUGGGACCUUUAAAUGCAGAUAAUGGCAAAUAAUAUGAAUAUUUUCCUCAUUAGACUUGAUAAGCAUAUUCAGGCCAAGGUGAAUAUUAAGGUCUGAUUUCACUCAAAUGAUGCAUUAGAGACUUCAUCCAUGUGUUGGAUGGUUGAUGGUUGGACUGUGUUUUAAAGUGCCAUUAAGUGAUUUUUUCACUAGAGAUCAAAAUUCACUCUUGUUAAGCUUUGAUUUGGUCUGUAUUUUCUUUACCAGCCAUUCGUUUUGGCUCCGUUUUUGGCUCUCUCUAUGCCCUUUUUUUGGGGGCAUUAAGCAUAUUCUCAGCAUGUAUGAGCUAGUUUGCUUGCAUCAGCCUCCUACAGGCCUGUGAGAGCCAGGGCUCGGAAAAAACAAAAUUAUUAAAAAGUGGCCAAAAGCAAAUAAAUAAGCAAAUAAAUACAGCUAAAAUCAGUAUAGAGCUUCAGAGUUGGCUGUUUUUCUUAGUGGGGUUUGCAGCACUAGUGAGCCAUUUCAGUUAAAGAUAGAUUCAAAAGUGCCUCUCUUACACAGGAUUUAACUCUCCUCCAAUGUUUGAUGCUCAGUUUACAUAUCUGAACUCCAUCUGUCUCUCUCUGUCUGCCUAUCACAACACGUUCAGGAGAUUGACACACAGAGGUGUGAUACCAUCUCAGCCGCCCUCUGUCAUCAUUAUUUUCAUUUAAAUUUCUUUAUGCAUCUCCGCCUCAGAAAACAAAGGUUAACUCAUCAUCUCUCCUUUUUAUUUUCAAUGCACAACCUAGCUUCAAAGAUGACGAGCUGAAUGAAUGUCUUGUUACAUUGUGACAACUUUUAAUAGCUCACUGUGCCCUGUAUUUCAUCUUUAUUGUGCGCAAUCGAGAUGACGAAUAAACAGAGAAUUUGA